AUGGCUUUCGAACCGCUGCAAUGGCUUCGGUCACUGCACGAGGCCAUGUCAGAUCCGGACCCUCGACCUGGUCUUCAUCCAAUUCCCGGCACCAAGCCACUCACCUUCACCAGUGCCAUCCUCCCGCCUCUGAUCUACUACCUGGCUCUUCUCCUCCUCGCUCCACCUCCGCCGCCAGCAAUCGAUACCUUUGCGGUGAAGAGCAUCCGCAACUGUCUCGCCCUGGUCGCCGGAGUAUUGUUCUUUCGCCUCCCUCUUGCAUACCAUGUCUCACAGAGCAUUGGCCUGACCUACCAGCUGGGCCUCGUCGGUCUGUACGGUGGAUGCAGGGUCUUUGACGCCUUCUUCAUAAGUCCCUACUUGUUUGGACACAUUCCGCGAAGGGUCAAAUAUCAUCACAAUCGUCGGGUGGACUCCCAUGGACCAGUGUCCGAAGUCGAAGUCGAAGACAAGGAAUGGACAAAUGGCGGAGUCAUUGAUCCUUUUCACCAUAGCGCUGACUCACAGGAAGAUGUCUCUAAAGGUGUUGCUGGCCAUCGUCACGCUACCUCAGCAUCCCAAAGGCAAGACCUACCGAAUCCUCCUUGCUCUGCCAUUCGAUCGGCCUUCCGCAAAUCUAUAUCAGGUCCGGACCCGGUCCCAGUCUGGGAGACAGCGACCACGGAAAUUGGCUGGCCAACGACUCUGCUGGACCGAGCGGCGUGGGCUCUCGAGCUUGAACUUUCCAUGCGCGGCACUGGCUUCACCUGGACAACUGCAGAUGUGCGGCAUACUCGCAAAACCUGGCUCCCCACCGUCCGCAACCGCGUCCACAGUAUAGUUGUUCACGUCAUGCCAGUUCUCCUUGUGAGCUGGGGCGUUAUUAGGACAGUUUACGUGCGCUACCUGAUGCCAACGCAAGAUGCGCCCUGGGAUGUGUACUCUGCGUAUGACCUGUUCGACCAUCGUAUACCUAUGGUGUUCCAACUGCUCUUGACGGUUGCACUAGGAGCAUUCCUAAUGGCAGCCUUCUCCUUUGGACAUUCCCUCUUCGCAAUCCUGCUCAAUCCGCUUGCACCAAAUCCGCUCGCCUUCUUCCCUCCGCUGUACACAUCUAGGCCAUGGCAAGUAACGAGUGUACGCAGAUUCUGGAGUUUCGGUUGGCACAGACUGUUUGCGAGGCUGUUCCUAGUCUACGGAAUAUGGCCGGGGGAGUGGCUGGAGCGAAAACUCUUGGGGAAAGGCCCCGAUCAACCAGCCGACGUGGGCAAGGUGAUCGGUGCUUUCUUGAGUUCUGCGUUUGUCCACAGCUUCUCUGUCCGCAGCGUCCUGGCCGGUGACUGGAGCAUGGCAACGGGAGAAGCCAAGUUCUUCGCCUUGAACGGUGUGGCAGUCGUGCUGGAGGGCGUAGUCAUUAGGGUUGUGCGUAGAGCUAGGAAGAGGAAUGGUUGGCCUGUUCAGGUGUGGUACGACCCCAUCGUGGGAAGGAUCUGGUGGAUCACCGUGGUGUUGUGGACAGGGAGGAAUUUCGCCAGGGGUUGGGUCAAGUCAGGUCUUGUACGCGAGAUGGCUUUCCUGUGA